AUGGAUUCUUUGGUGAUACAUUGUCCAACAUAUAAUGAUUCAAUGCCAAAAAAUAAAACCGAGCGGAUGAUUAUUUACAGGGUGAAAUUAUUUUUUUUGUUCACCAAAUCUUUGUUUUUUUAUAUGACUUUUAAUGAGAAAAUAGUAUCAAGAUUCGGUUACGACAACUGUGUAUUAGAUGAAACGGCACAGAUAGUCGGUCGUUGCAAUAAUCCACAUAUUCCGAUUACGAUAAAGAUAGUUUUUCGCGAAUUCACUCCUUUACCCUCUGGACUUGAAUAUUCUCCUGGAACCACAUAUUUUUUCAUAUCUACAUCAACCGGUAAUGAACAAGGAAUUGACCAAAUCGCCGGAGGUUUAUGCUUUUUAAAACAAAUGCGACUAAGAAUUCACAUACAUCCAACCAGCAAAAAAGGUUUCCAUCAAUAUUUCAUUCAGACUUCAUCCCUUUUUUUUUGUUUCACACGUAUCUUUAUAGAUCAACGGCGACAUCGUCAUCAUGGCGUAAAGAAUUCUAAAGAUAUAAUAACGACGACAGUUUUACCAAAAUACUGGAACGAAUUCUUAAAUAAAUUGCGACCAAAAGAUUCAUUAUGGAAUAAUAAAAAUAGCGCAAAGAAUCAUUUCGGCGAAGCUUUAACGCUCGACAUGAGUUUCGCUGAUAAUAGUGCACUAACUUAUGAACGAGAUGAUGCGAUAAGUGAAGCACUUCGCUUCAAUCCGAAUAUUAAACUUUAUGAGAUACAUGAGACUGAUGACUGUAAGUAA